UGGAAAUGUGUGUCGUCUCGAAAGUGUACACCAUCAGCCAUUUAAUAUUGAGAGACGUACUUGUGGCGAAAAACUCGGGGUCGUUUCAUUAAUAUUUGUACGGGAAAAAAGGUGAUUUUAUAUAAUAAAUUGUAACUGGAUAAAAAUAUAAAUCUAUUAAAAUGAUAAAAGCAUAAAAUGGAAGUGAAUGAAAAUGAAAUUGUAUCGCAAAAAUACAUUUGAAAAAAUUGUACGAGAAAAACUUCAAGUGAAGCAAGUAGAAGUGCACGAACAUAAAGCAAAAGCAAUUGAAGCAGAGAAAGACCAAGUAUUGGUUAAAGCAGAAGCAGCAGUGCAGGCAGUGGCUAGAGUGAGAAGGCGGCAAUUGCAAGAAAUCGAAUCGUGUGAAAAACGGAAAACGACAGCACUGGAUCCACCAACAACAAGAAAGGCUGCAACAAAAUUGACAAUAGACCCGGCAGCGACGUUGGAAGUGUUGGCAGAAACGGCGGCAGUGACGACGUCAGUGUGCUCAGUCGGCAUACGUGUGUGAAGGGUUUUGCAGAAAAAACUUAAAAUCAACUAAAAUUAUAAGUGAACGAAGUCAUGUUGAACGAUUUUUACCUGCAAAGCUUUAUUAAUUUAAAUGACUGAAAACAGUAAACUAGAUGCAAUAAUGUGUAAUUGACUAACAAUUCUAUAUGCAAAUAUUGAGAAGCUUGGUAAAUGUACAUACAUCGGUAAUUGAAAAAGCGUGUCGAAGAAUUGUGAAUAUCGGAAAAUACAUAAAAUCUAAAAUUGUAAUUAAAACAGAAGGAAGAAGCAACAAAGUAUAGAAAAGAAACGAAAUAGCAAAUGAGCGAAUAUUGGUGGAACUGCUCACGCAUAGUUUUACCACGUAAAACCGAACGCAAAGCAAAUGUGAAAUCUGGGUACAGCAGCUAAUUUGGUGUGUACUUUUCCAGUGGUGUUGUGCAACGCAGUGCAUCCUGGGGGAUCGCUGAGCCAAUUUUGCAGAGUUUUGAUAUUGAAACACUUUGCCCCAAGCAGCUGGGGAAAAGAAGAGGAUCUCUGAAACAAAGUGCAUUGAUAAAAUAUUACAAAAAACGAGAAAGGUUGUGGCUGUGUUAUUGGUAUUUUUAUGCGAAGGGUGUGAAGAGCAGAAGCAGCACAACACAACACACCGAAAGCACAACCACGGCAACGAGUACGGCGCACUAACAACAAAACGUACAUUCAUCUUGCUCGAGUGUAUCGGCGACUGCGACGGCAACGUCUGCUACUGCUGAGAUUGAGACGGACACGAGUGCGACCACGAGCGCAACAACGAUUAUUUAGUGAAGUGGUUGUGAAAAGCAGAGGUAGCAGCAGAAGUAGCAACAAGAGCAUAAAAAUAAAAAAAAAAUAGUAAAAAAAAACGGUAAAAAGAAGAAGCAAGCAAGGCAAACAUGAACUAAAUUUUGCACGAAAGACGAGAAACCAGCAGUUUUUAUUGUAAAAAGUUCGUGUUAGAGUGGAGCUGUAGCAAAAUUGAUACCAGUAAAAAAAUUAUUUUCACAUAAACUAGGGCCAAGCUCUGAUGUUGGGAGCAUUGUAAGGUGGUAAAAAGUGGCACUGACGAUACCAGUAAUAUUAGCAGCAGCGCAGUGGCAGAACAACGGGCAGAGGUACCGUGAAAGAAGAAGCAAUUGAGACUUUAGACAAAUAAUACUACGAAUAGCAGGGGGACGUCCAAAACGCACAAAUUGCCCACAGAAACAACUUGAUAUAACAGAAAGUAAAUGAAAUAUGUUGAAAGUCAAAGAAGAAAAGAGGAGAAUGGCUGCGUGAGCUUCGCAGUGGCGGUAAGCGCCAAUUAAAUUUUGUGUGGUGGCCUCAAAACAAAAAGAACUAGAAAAAGUAUAUUUUAUGAAGAAAAAGCUAAUAUCUGCAGAAAAGUGUUUCGGACAUUAAAUGCGAAGUAUUUGAAUAAAAUACAAAUUAAGAUUUCAAUAAAAGCUUAGAAAACCAAUUGCAGACAGGUAAAUACACGAUUAGCUGGUAGUAUCCAAUAACAGUCGUGCUCGUAACUUUAAUAGUAUAUUCUACUACCAGAAUAGAACUUGCUCGGAUCUUCAGAACAUACGGUGUAAACUGAAUUGAAUCAAGUAACUCAGCCAAACAAUAAAAAUCGAUCGAAAGUCGGACAUCAACGCAUAGAACUUGCGAUACAUCACAACAGAGAAUGUAUGGAAAAGCUAAAACAUCAUCAGUGCCGUCAGAUGCACAGGCACGUGAAAAACUGGCGCUAUAUGUUUACGAAUACCUGUUACAUGUUGGUGCCCAGAAAGCAGCGCAAACUUUUCUAUCUGAAAUUCGAUGGGAAAAGAACAUUACGUUAGGCGAGCCUCCCGGAUUCCUACAUACAUGGUGGUGUGUAUUUUGGGAUCUAUACUGUGCCGCUCCAGAGCGCCGUGAUCAAUGUGAUCACUCAUCAGAGGCAAAGGCCUUCCAUGACUACGGCUUUGUUAGUUCCGGCUACGGAGUAAACGGCAUUGGGCCUGGUGGACCACAUAGUGCUGGCGGCCCGGCCCCCAGCCCAUUGGGUCAAAUGCCACCAGGUGGCGAAGGUCCCAUGGGACCCGGAGGACCAAUGGGUCCUAAUUUCUUUCCGAAUUCCACAAUGCGCCCAUCACCACCGACGCAUGCGUCAAGUCCACAGCCACCACCAUCUCAAAUGAUGCCUGGCCAACCACCAUUUAUGGGUGGUCCUCGAUAUCCUGGCGGCCCACGUCCUGGCGUGCGCAUGCAAGGAAUGGGAAAUGAGUUUAACGGGCCACCUGGUCAACCAAUGAUGCCGAAUAGUAUGGAUCCAACGCGACCAGGCGGAAUGGGUCCCAUGAAUCCGCGAAUGAAUCCCCCUCGUGGUCCUGGUGGUAUGGGUCCAAUGGGAUAUGGAGGUCCAGGAGGCAUGCGAGGCCCAGCACCUGGCCCAGGUGGUAUGCCACCAGGCAUGGGAAUGGGCGCAGGCGGAAGGCCACCCCAGUGGCAACCUAACGCCACAGCUCCUAUGAACGCGUAUUCAUCCUCUUCACCUGGUAACUAUGGACCCGGACCUGGUUCCAAUGGGCCCCCUGGUCCCGGAACGCCGAUCAUGCCAUCACCCCAGGAUAAUACACAAGCAGGUCCUGGUGGUCCUGGCGAUAAUAUGUAUUCGAUAAUGAAACCCGAAUUCCCAAUGGGCGGAGGACCUGACGGCGGGGGAGGUGGUCCAGGCGGCAUGGGUCCUAUGGGUGGUGGUCCUAACACAAUGGGUCCUGUACUUAACGGCGGCGGUGGGGAUGGCACCGGUUUAGAUGGUAUGAAAAAUUCACCGGCAAAUGGCGGUCCUGGUACGCCGCGUGAAGAUUCCGGUAGCGGAAUGGGCGAUUAUAACCUGGGUGGAUUUGGUGGUCCAGGUGAAAACGAUCAAAACGAAUCAGCGGCUAUACUAAAGAUAAAGGAAAGCAUGCACGAAGAGGCGAAACGGUUUGAAAAAGAUUCUGAACACCCGGAUUAUUUUAUGCAAUAACAACAUAGCAGCAACAACCCGGCCCCUACGCACACAACAGCGGCAGCAGUAACUGCUGCAGCGGCGGUUGCAGCAGCAGCUGCGGCUCUCGGCGCCAACAUGUUGAGCGGAACAGCCGCAGCCGUUGCCCACAAUCUUAGCACCAACAACAACGGCGGAACCAGCGGUAACAACAAUCUCAUCAACCAUGCAAGCAACAGUAGUCCCUCAGCAGUGACGCCGCAUUUUCCUAAGGAUCUUAAUUUUUAAUUUAAAGUUCUUUUUUUUAAGGACUAAUGAACCGAAUCAAAUGUUUACUAAAAGAAAUAAAAAUGUGCUGAAAAGCAACCCACUGGACAUGAAGCAAUGGCAGCAAAUAGGAAAUUGUUAUAAAAAAUAUCAAAGUAAAACUAAAGAUCAGACGUACACGUACAUAUAUGUAAAAUUAUGGCAUUAACAUUACCAAGUAAUAGAAAAAGUCUAAAAGGAUGUAAAAGUUGUUCGGGUCGUAUAUGGGAAUGCACUGUACAGCUGACAAUGGGCGGAUAACGUAGAAGAAUUCCAAAACUCAAUACAGCUACCCUAAAUUACCUCUCGAGUAACUCUUACAUUGAAAAAUUUGCAGAGAGUAUUAAAAUUGUA